UCUUACUGUAGACAGAACUAAAGUACCAUCAUACUUUAUAGUUGAACUGAUCAGUUCACGGCUCAGAUGGACAUUUGGCAGAAUUAAACUAAUGAAUUUGGAAAUUCUGAAAUUAGAGAAACUGAUUCUUUGGCACAAGAACGUUUUUUAUUUUAGGUCUAAAGAAGAACAACAUCAAUAAGCGACUGAACCAAGAAGCUGAGGAAUAUCUUUCCUGCUCUACUGACAACCAUCAAACUGGAACCUAGAGUUAAGUCAUUAGCUGCCAACACAGAGAGACAAUGAACCUGAAGUGCACCCAGUCCUAAAUCAAGCAAAUGCUAUCAUGGAUAAAGUGGACAUUACAGAUGAUAAAAUGAAAGAAACGUCCAUGCAACAGGCGAGAUUAUCCCACGCAGACAUCGUUCUGCUACCCUCCUUCCCUCUGGCCCCCGAGCCGACAAACACGCUAACUCACCUGGGGACGCUGCUACCUGGACGCGACGCACCGCAGACCGGCGGAUGGGACAGGAGACUUGACCUCAGCUUCCAAGGCUGUCAGUUUCUGGGAGCACCGAGGGAGGCAAAACGGGAAACUCAUGCAGACCAGAGCAUCACCAUCCUGCAUGCCAAGGUUGCUCAGAAGUCUUACGGAAAUGAGAAAAGGUUUUUCUGCCCUCCUCCUUGCGUUUACAUCAGUGGUCAUGGAUGGAGAGUCAUGCAGGAUCAUUGGAAAGCAGGAGGUUAUGGGGAUUCAGUUUAUCGGAUAUGUGGUUACAUGUGUCUGGACAGCUCCAGUCAGUCACAGGCAGACACAUUCAAACUGCUCUUUGAUGAGCAGCCAAACUCAAGGCAGCUGUUUGCUUGUGCAAAGUCCCUCUUCAUCUCUGAUCAGGACAAGAGGAAGCAUUUCUGCCUGCUGCUGCGACUAUUUUUAGGCAACAGACAGGAAGUGGGUUCCUUCCAAAGCAGAAUGAUCAAAGUGAUCUCCAAACCUUCCCAGAAGAGACAGUCCAUGAAGAAUGCUGACUUGUGUAUAUCCUCCUGCUCCAAAGUGGCUUUGUUCAACCGUUUGCGCUCUCAGACGGUCAGCACUCGGUACCUCUCGGUGGACAGAGGAGCCUUCAUCGCCAGCGCCAGACAGUGGACCGCCUUCACCAUCACCAUGGUGGAUGACCAGCGUGCUGACCAGGGCGGGUUUGUGCUGAGUGAAGGCUUCAUCUGUUAUGGUUCUGUGGUCCAGUUAGUUUGCACUGAGUCAGGAGUUGCCCUGCCACCCAUGGUGAUUCGGAAGGUCAACAAGCAGCACGCCAUCUUGGACGUGGAUGAACCUGUUUCUCAGCUCCACAAGUGUGCCUUUCAGUUCAGAGACAAUCCCAAUGCUUAUCUGUGCCUAUCGAAUGAUACCAUCAUACAGUACCAGGCUCCGUCCAGCAAUCAGGACUCCAGCAGAGUGGUGCUAAACGAUGGAUCCUGCUGGACCAUCAUUGGUGUGGAAGUGGUUGAAUUCACCUUCAAUCAGGGAUUGGCCUCCAUUGAGACUCCAGUUAGUCCUUUCCCUGUUAUCACUGGUUUGGAGGUGAACGGUGGAGGACAUGUUGCCAUGCUGGAAAUUCAUGGAGAAAACUUCAGCCCUCACCUCAAAAUGUUGUUUGGCAACAGCGAGGCUGAGACGAUGUUCAAGUCUCCCAAAUCUCUGCUCUGCGUCAUUCCUGAUGUCUCGACUUAUAGUGACAGCUGGCGCUGCCUACGUCGCAUUAUCACCCUUCCUUUAUCCCUCAUCAGAACUGAUGGCCUCAUUUAUCGUACAUCCUACAGCUUCACCUACACCCCGGAGCUCCACCUGCCUCCAUCUGUCCGAGGAGCAGCAGGAGGCAGAGAAGGAAGGGCAGGCGGAGGCCAGGAGGAUGAGGAGGACAUCCUGUUAGAAACAAUUCACCAGGAGUUCACCAGAACUAAUUUUCACCUCUUCAUGCAGAGUUAAACACUUUGUUUAUGGUUAUAUUGUCAUCAGGUAAAUGUUUACUUCAGUUAUGUUUAAUAUCAUGAAGCAAAGAAAUAAGGCAUGCAUUCCAGUCCAAUUAAAUGGAAUCAAUUACUGUACAUGUUGGAGUCUUUUCUAGACAUAUUUCUUUCCUGCAUAAAUAUAUUUUUAACAAGGGUGUCCUAAUGAGGCUUUUACUUCAUUAAAAUCCCUAUCAUGUA